AUGGAAGUCAAGGCCUCCUUUUCCGACGACUCCCAGUCAUACGACGAUACAAAUUUGUCACUAUCUCUGGAAACCACAAAACCCACCGUGUUGGAUACUCUCCCGCCCAUCGAUGGAGGGGCUCAUGCAUGGCUGUUUCUAGCCGCCUCGGCUACAAUCGAAGCUUUGGUCUGGGGUUUCGCGUUCUCGUUCGGCGUCUUUCAAAGUUAUUACCGUGAGAGGGAAAUGUUCUCUCAGUCUGACAAUGUAGCGGUGAUUGGAACCUGCGCAACGGGCGUUGCAUACUUGGGCUGUCCUCUUAUGAUCACGAUAAUGAUUCUUCUUCCUCGCCACGCCAGAUGGUUCUCCACGAUUGGCAUGACUCUGAUGUGUCUGUCGCUCGCCGUGGCCUCGUUUUCGACGACUUUCACCCACCUUGUGCUGUCGCAAGGGAUUGGUUUCGGAAUUGGUGGAUGCAUCGCAUAUAGCCCGUCGAUUCUGUUCAUGUCCGAAUGGUUUGACAAGAAACGAGGACUUGCGUUUGGCAUUGUCUGGGCUGGAUCGGGACUUUCCGGCAUUCUCAUCCCUCUAGCACUGGACAAACUGCUUGGAAACUUCGGGUUUCGCACGACGCUGCGGAUAUUUUCUGCUUUGAUGUUCGUACUUGCAGCGCCGUUACUCUAUUUCCAUAAACCUCGCUUGCCCGUACCCAAACAGACUCAAUACGAACGGCUGAAUCUCCGAUUCAUGUUCAGUCGGAUAUCAAUCAUCUAUCAGCUGGGAUGCGUUGCCGAGGCGCUGGGCUUCUUCCUGCCAGCGAUAUAUCUUCCAACUGUGGCGCGCUUGCAGGGGGCCUCGAGCCUGGUCGCCUCGCUCACCGUGACCGCCUUGAACCUGGCAUCUGUGUUUGGCAGUGUAUCGAUGGGACAUCUGAGUGACCGAUGCGCCACCGGGACCUGCGUUGCCAUUUCCACUCUGGGAACAGUGCUGUCCGUUUUUCUCCUCUGGGGCCUUUCCACCUCCUUACCCAUCCUGAUUGUGUUCGGAGUGGCCUAUGGCUUGUUUGCCGGCAGCUAUUCCGCCAUCUGGUCCGGCAUGAUCCGAGACAUCCAGAAGGUGAAUCCCGAAGCGGAUGCGACCAUGAUCUUCUCGACCCUUGCUUUUUGUCGAGGCGUUGGCAACGUGGUGAGCGGACCGUUAAGUGAGGCGCUGAUCCACGCCGAUCACUGGCAGGGCCAUGCGAUAGGACCGUAUGGUCAAGGAUUCGGGCUGGUCAUCGUUUGCACAGGACUGACCGCUCUCGUGGGGGGUUCAUCGCUGGUGGCGCCCUUGUUUCAAUGGAUCUGA